UUCAGGACAUCGAGCUAAGUUGGCCCUUGCCGAGUUGCAGUCGGGUGUGCAGUAAUUAAAGUCGACAGCCGCACGCCGAGAGGACCCCCUGGUGGCCCUAGAAGAGAUGCGAGAGUAACACCGGCAGCAGCACCAGCACCAGCACCAUUCUCGAUGCAGUAGAAAUUCUCGAAACAAAACGUUUUCGAUUACUGCGUGAAGACGAGAAGGUGAAGGACGAAGGGAAUCAUCCGUCGCAGGAUUAAACGUUUUUCGGGACUGGAACUGAAGCGAAAAAAGUUGUACAAUAGAGUCACGAGUUUCCGAACGAAAGAGCGGCCACAGCAAGAGCAAUUCCAAAUUGAGCGGAGGGAAGGAACUCGGAGGAAAAAACUCGGUGUGGAACUAUAUCAGCAUAAAUGAAAAUUAAGUGCAGUUUUGCGGCAGUCAGUCGGUCGGUCGUUCGGUCGGUGGUGGUGAAGAAAUCAGAGUGGAAUAAUAAACUGGAGAAGGCAAAACAGAGCGAACGGAGUGUGUAGAGAAUCGACAGUCAGCGGUAGAACAAACACCGAGAAGUGAGUGAAGUGUGGUACCACUACAGACGGGAGUGUGGAGACUUUGAUGCUCUGUUCGUACGGUAUCCUGUUGGGUUCGGGCGAGCUCGGGCGAUACACAUACCAGUGAGAGGCGUUCGGGUGGCUUCGGCUGGAUGAAGAGAAGGCCCGAAUGGCAUAGCUCAUAUAUACAAGUGGAUCGUACCGUCGAACAGUUUAGUACAACUUUAGACGCCCGCGAUGAAACACGUUCGCUUGUGACCCGUGCGUUCGGUGGUUCGUUUUUCGUGAUUUACUGUGACAACGAUUAGGUCGGUACGAAAGGUCGGUUUACAUACAGGACUACGAAAUCUGGUACGAAAGUGAUGUGAUAAACAGAUGAACUGGUCACAGGCUGGAAGAUUGAACAAGUGUCUAAAGUGGAUAGCGGGAAAACAUGAAACAUUGGCGCAGAUGAAAGAUUGUGUGACAUAAAACGCCUUUGCGGACUGCUCUUGUUGCGUUAGUUCCUUAAUGUUUAGUUUGUUCUCACGAGUUUGUGUUUUGGCGCAGAAAAGAAGGAGGAAAAAGUUUGCUUGUGAGGCGCCUGAAAAAUGAAGUGUAUUUAUCUUAAAUGAUUGAAGCAACCGAUAGAAGCAAAGAAGAGGUUCAAUUUAUGACCAGUGGAAGAAAGUGCGGAACGUGAGAAUACGCAGGGUGGAAAAAUGAGUCUUAUUACGCAAAAAAGCGAGUUGGUGGCGUUCCCGGCCUUGCUGCUGGUUCUGCUGCUCUCGGUCCACGUUAACUACAGUCUGCAGUAUGAUUCGGCCGAGGCUCGCUACUACCCGUCUAGUCCGGUGGAAUCGAAUCUGCGGUACGACGCCCCGGACGACUGCAAGUACCGCGUUACGCCCGAUGAUGAAGUGGAUCUGGUGUGUAAUUUAAGAACUGUGAACAGUGAGUUCGAUAAUACAAACUUUAGUGUGAUACCAUCGGAGCAUACGGCUUCUCUAACGGUGAUUUGUAACGAUGCCAUUAUGGCACGAAGCAAACUGCAACCCAAAUCGUUCGCUCAUCUAAUAAGGUUGAAGAGUUUAUCGUUGGAGCACUGCAAGAUAGCAAAGUUUGGGAACGACGUGCUGGCUGGGUUGAGUGAUUUGAGGAAUUUCACUUUGCGGACUCACAACAUAAACUGGCCGGAGCUGAAUCUGGAGAUCGAACCGGAGGUGUUUAUGCAUGCGAAGAACCUGGAGCAGCUGGAUUUCAGCAUGAACAAUAUCUGGUCGCUUCCGGAUCAUUUGUUUUGCUCGUUGAAUGGGCUGAGGUCAUUGAACAUAAGUUCGAACCGACUGCAGGAUGUGAAUGAUUUGGGAUUCCGGGAGAAGGUUAAGGAUGAAAAUGCCGGUCAUAACAAUACAACGAUUAGUUGCAACUUGGAUCUGGAAGAUUUAGAUGUUUCGAAGAAUCAUUUCGUGCUGCUGCCGGCAAGUGGCUUUGGAAUGCUGAAGCGAUUGAAGCUACUCAAGAUCCACGACAACGAGAUUUCGAUGGUUGGCGAUAAGGCAUUGAAUGGAUUGAAAGAGUUGCAGAUUUUGGAUUUGAGCUCCAACAAAAUCGUUGCUCUACCUACCGACCUAUUCAAGGAUCCUGCUCAAUCGAUUCAGGAGAUUUAUCUGCAGAACAACUCCAUCAGUGUUCUUGCUCCGCAUAUUUUCUCCAAGUUAGAACAACUACAAGCCCUAGACCUGUCGAUGAAUCAGCUGACUUCAGCUUGGAUCAACCGAGAAACAUUCUCCGGACUCAUUCGCCUCGUUUUAUUAAACCUCGCAAACAACAAAAUUACCAAACUGGAGUCGGAGAUGUUCACAGAUUUGUACACCUUGCAAAUCUUGAAUCUCCGUCACAAUCAGCUGGAAAUAAUCGCUGCUGACACCUUCUCUCCCAUGAACAACCUGCAUACACUACUGCUGUCUCACAACAAAAUCAAAUAUCUGGACGCCUACUCCUUAAAUGGCCUAUACGUGUUGUCCCUACUGUCCCUAGACAACAACAUCCUAACAGGAGUCCAUCCGGAAGCAUUCCGGAACUGCAGUUCCCUUCAGGACCUCAACAUCAACGGAAACGAGCUGACUCAAGUCCCACUCGCUCUCAAAGACAUGCACAUGCUGAGAACUGUCGACCUCGGCGAAAACUCCAUAACCGUCAUCGAAGAGCCCGGCUUCCGAGGAAUGGACAACCUCUACGGUCUCCGUCUUAUCAGCAACAACAUAGAAAACAUCACUCGCAAAGCAUUCAAAGACCUCCCGAACCUGCAAAUCCUCAACCUCGCCCGCAACAAAAUUCAAAACAUAGAACCGGGUGCCUUCGAACCGGCCUUCAGCGUGCAAGCCAUCCGGCUAGACGGCAAUCUACUCACCGACAUCGACGGUCUGUUCACCAAAAUGCCCAACCUGAUCUGGCUGAACAUCUCCGACAAUCGGCUCGAGCACUUUGAUUACUCGCAAAUACCCAUCCACCUGCAGUGGCUCGAUUUGCAUAAAAACGAACUGACCGAGCUGGGCAACCGCUUCGGGAUGGAUAAUCAGCUGUACCUGCAGACCCUGGACGCCAGCUUCAAUCGGCUUACGAAAGUAACCCCUUCCUCAAUCCCGAACAGCAUCGAGUUUUUGUUCAUGAACGAUAAUCAGAUUAUGCACGUGGAGCCGCACUGCUUCAUCCACAAAACGAACCUGACACGGGUGGACCUGUACGCCAAUCAGCUGACCGGGCUGGACAUCAAGGCUCUGCGGUUGCAACCGGUGCCGGACGAUAAGCAGCUUCCGGAGUUUUACAUCGGCGGGAAUCCGUUCGUGUGCGAUUGCAACAUUGAUUGGCUGCAGAAGAUUAACCACGUGACUUCGCGCCAAUAUCCGACGAUUAACGACAUCGAAACGGUGUACUGCAAGCUGAUGUACAAUCGGGAGCGGUCUUUUAUUCCGCUGAUUGAAGCCGAACCGAAGCACUUCUUGUGCAACUACCAGACGCACUGUUUCGCGCUGUGUCAUUGUUGUGAGUUUGACGCGUGUGAUUGUGAGAUGACUUGCCCGAACAAGUGCCAGUGUUAUCACGAUAAUAGUUGGUCGACCAAUGUGGUGGACUGCUCGGCCGCGGGUUACACGGACAUUCCGAACAAUAUUCCGAUGGACACUACGGAGGUGUAUUUGGAUGGGAACAAUUUGGUGGAACUUUCCGGGCACAGUUUUAUCGGGCGGAAGAAUCUGAAAGUGCUUUACGCGAAUCAUUCCAAUAUCGAGAUCAUUUACAAUACGACGUUUAUCGGACUGAGGCGGAUGAUGAUUCUGCAUUUGGAGCAUAACAAUAUCCAGAAGUUGUACGGUAAUGAGUUCAGUGCGUUGGAAAGCUUGCGGGAGCUGUACCUGCAGGGGAACAAGAUUUCCUACAUUGAAGAUCAUACGUUUUCGGAACUGAGAAAGUUGGAAGUGUUGCGUUUGGAUGGGAAUCGGAUUUCGGGUUUUGAAGUGUGGCAACUGGCGUCGAAUCCCUAUUUGGUGGAAAUUUCUCUGGCGAACAAUAUGUGGACUUGUGAUUGUAGUUUCCUGAACAAACUGAGAAUUUACUUGCAAUCGAACACGGAGAAGAUAAUCGAUGCCAAUGAGAUAAGUUGUGUUUACAAUAAUUUGACGAGUAUUCUGAAAGAGAAGAAUGGCACCAAGUGUACGUUCCGGGGGGAAGGCAUGAGUUCGAUAGUGCACACGCAGGAGAUUGAAGACAUGCUGCCGUUGUUGCUGGUGGCGACUUGUGCUUUCGUCGGGUUCUUCGGUUUGAUCUUCGGAAUGUUUUGCUACCGGAAAGAACUAAAGAUCUGGGCUCACAGCAGCUGUUUCGGAUCAUUGUGCUACAAAUCCGGAACGUUUGUCAACGAGUACGACAAGGAUCGUCUGUAUGAUGCGUACAUCAUCAAUUCCCUUCAAGACGAGCACUUUGUCAAUCAGAUCCUGGCUUCGACCUUAGAAAACGACAUCGGAUUCCGAUUGUGCUUGCACUACCGAGAUUUCAACAUCAACACCUACAUCGCCGAUACCAUCGUGGAAGCGGUUGAAAGUUCAAAGCGUGCCAUUCUAGUCCUAUCGAAGAACUUCCUGUACAACGAAUGGACCCGGUUCGAGUUCAAAGGUGCCAUCCACGAAGUGCUCAAGCGGCGCCGAAAGCUGAUCAUCAUCCUGUACGGAGACCUUCCGCAGCGGGACCUGGACGCCGAUAUGAGGCUGUACCUUCGAACGAACACCUGCAUCGAGUGGGACGAUAAGAAGUUCUGGCAGAAGCUCCGGAUUGCGUUGCCGCACGUGAAGAAGAGCAACUGCCUAAACAAACGGUCGGCGAUCAAUAUCUACGCGACGGCCAACGAGUACAACACCGCCACUACUGGGCGGGGAGGAGGCGGAGGAGGAGGAGUAGGAUUGGCAGCUGCAGCUGCCUUGGGACGUGGCGGUACGCUUCCGGCUCCGGGCCAUGGGCGGCUCGAGAGCCACAGCUACGCCACCAUCGGAGGCAACUGCCCGAGAAACUGUGAUAAUUAUGAUACGGUUAGUAAUUGUAAAUAUAAUACUACGCAACACGAGAGGCGGCUGAAUGACUUCAGCCGGAAGGUGACAGCGGAGCGGCAGCACGAGUAUGCGGUUCCUUCCAACUGUCUGCUGGACACGACGCACGAGACGUACAACACCAGCUGCGAGCGGAUCGCGGGCGAAACGUUCGAGUGCACCUCCAGCAGUAAGUACUCGACGUCGUCGCGGGGUUCCAGCGAGUGUUCACACUCGAUCGCCUCCAACCACCACGGAGGGCCUCCGCCGAUCCCGAACGGGGGGCCUCCGAACAUCCUGUCCACGACCUUCAUGGGCAACAAUUCCAGUGCUUCAAACAACUUGAACAGUAAUACCAGUAGUAGUUAUAACAAUAGCAGUAGGAAGCCGAUUAACGUCGGCGUAGGAGGAGGCGUGGCCAGCAGUAGUAGUAGCAACAGCAAGGGUGAUAAGUCCAGCACGAUUGGACACGAACAGAAGAACAAUUUCAAUGAUAGAAGACUGCCACAGGCCAUGUGGGCAUAACGAUUACUUAAAUACAGGUUAGUUAAUUAUUUUUAUCGUUGAGAGGCAGGCCGAAGCAGAUGAUAAUACUCUAUAGAAGAGAGCACUCCGCACUGUAAACAGUCAACUCACAGAUUAUACCUAUAGUUAUCACACAACCAUGAUUAUCUACGCAGCAGAAUACUCUACAGCUCACUCACAGUCCUAUAGUAACCAUUAACUACACACAACCCACUUGUACACCAAACACACUCUGAAAAAAAAAAUGGAACGAAUGCUCUCUCACUUAGUAGCAGGUCAGUUUUUAAAGGUUACUCCGGGUAGAUUUUGGCUCUCUCUGUAAGGUCGCGGGGAUGUGAUGAGAUAAAACUCGUUAAAUUUCUUGAUUUUAUGCAAUUUCAAACAUGGUUUCUUUUUCUAAAACUUGUUUAUACAUAACUAGAGGAAUUUGUUUCAGGAAUUCUCUCAAGGUCCUUUUCAAUUUUUUACUUGUUAUUCCUUCUUGGAUUCCUCUCGGAGAUUCUUCCUGAUUCCUACUGGCACUUUUGAAAGAUUUGAAGAAUUAUUCUGGGAUUUUCACGAUAACCCUACAGAAUUUAUUUCCAGAAUUUCUUAUACAGUAUUGAAUUGCUCCCAGAGUACCUCGUAAGAUUUUUUUCCGAAGUUCCUCCUACAAUUCAGACGAAGAAUGGUUCGUGGGACUUCUCCCAGGAUUUACCUCGAGAUUUCCAUAGCAGUUUCUCCCACGAUAUUUCUCUGAUGUUGUCAUGAAACUUCUAAUAAUAUUUCCCUCAGAGUUCUCCAGUGUUCCUCAUGGGGCUUCUCCAGGAGAUCUUCCCUGGAUUUCUCUCAAAGUUUCUAAACGAGUUCUAUUUGAGAUUUCUACUGAAACUCCUCCAACGAUUUAUUUAGAAGUUUUUCACGAAUCUUCUACAAGAAUUGCUCCUGGGAUUUCAUCCUGUAGCUUCUUAACCUUCCGCAACUCGCGCGGUUGGCUACCUGCGUCAGCACCACGCUAAUGCUGAGUACAAAAAGUGAGAUUUUUUCAACGUGUUGUACAAAAUACAACAGCGCGAUCGCUCGAGGGUUAAAUAUACAUGAGCCUUCUCCUAGAGUUUUUCCAGCGAAUUUCAAAAAUGUCUUCCAUGGGAAACUUAUUAAAGGGUUUCCCGAGAUUCCAACUGAAACCUAAACUAUCAGUUUUUUCGGAGUUCUUACCGAGAUUUUUCUUAGAAUAUUUCUUCCGAUUUUUCUCCUGAAAUGCUUCUAGUCUUGGCUCAACUCGUUUACAAUUUAAAGACAUUCGUUGUCAUUCAUCACGUUCAUUGUCGACUUCGUUCGCUUGGCAAUUACCGGAGUUAUUUUGAUAAUUCCUCCAGGUGCUAGCAACUUUCUACAAAAGUUCGUUAAAAAUCGUCAAGAAUUUCCGAUAGAAAUUCCCAUUGGAGUUGCUUGGCGAAUUGCCCCCAAAAACUGGAGAAGUUUCUUCCAGAUUUCUUUCUAUGAUUGAGCCUCAGUUUCUCCAAAAGUUUCUUAGUGUAUUUCGCUUGGAGUUGCUCCAAAAAUGAGUUCAAAAAAUCACUCCAUGUAAUUCACCGCCAAUUUUUCUAGAAGUUGCACCGUUUUUUUUUUUCAAGGAGUAUGGGUGGAAUUUAUUUUUUUUUUUCCACAUUCGGAAUUUUUUGGAAAAUUGGAAAACUUCUCCAGUUAAUCCAUCUGAAAUUUCUUCUGCAAUUAUUUUGAGAAUUUCAUCGGCACUGCCUAUGGAAAUGUAUUUGAUUAUUUCUUUGGGAACUGCUUCGAUUUUUUUUGUGAAUUUCUUCUGAAAGAAUUUUAAGAAUUCCAUUGGCAAUCAUUUCGAUUUUUUCCAAUUUAUUUUUAUUGUUUUGGCCAUUGCUUUGGCAAUGAUUAAAAAAAUGCU